CACGCGGCGAUCAGCCAUCGCAUUGGGAUCUAUCGAUCGAUCGAUACGUCCGACCAACCGAUGACUUCCGGAGUGACGCGUCCGCGCAGCGUGAGCGCGCGCUUUGCGCAUACAUGCACGUUGGCAGCGGCGUCGUCAAACAAGCGUGGGCGCGUUUAAAGCCAUGCCAGGCAUCACAAAGUAUAAUUUAGUGGACGACGCGCACGAUCUGAGGAUCCCCAUGCACAACGAGGAGGUGUUCAAACAUGGGGUGUGCUUCGAGGCAAAGUACAUCGGCAGUUUGGAGGUGGGGCGGCCGGGCAGCAGGAUGGAGAUAGUCGCCGCAAUGAGGAGAAUAAGAUAUGAAUUUAAACUGAAGAAUGUCAAGAAAAAGAAGGUCAACAUUGUUGUAUCAACUGACUGUGUCAAAGUGAUUAUGCGCAAAAGGAAAAAGAGAAAAGGAUGGUCGUGGGAUGAGAAUACAGUCGUGGUGACACAGGACCCAAUCGACAGGAUAUUCUACGUCUCACAUGAUGCCCAAGACCUUAAGAUCUUCAGUUAUAUCGCAAGAGACGGACAGAGCAGUGUUUUCCGCUGCAAUGUGUUCAAGUCCAAGAGGAAGUCUCAAGCCAUGAGGAUUGUGCGGACAGUGGGACAGGCGUUUGACGUGUGUCACCAGCUGAACCAAGAGCAGAAAAUCGAUGACCAGGAUGAUGAAGAGGGGAAGGCAGAGGAAUCUGUGGCAGUUCCAGCUAAGAAGAGGUUUGCCCUUUCAGAGGAGACUGACCUUGAGGCCACGACAGAGGAGAGUAUUGAGUGUGCUUCCUCAUCAGACCCGGAGAGGAGCAAAAGGGACGGUGCCCUCGGGAGUGACGGCAAGAUAUCCCAGAACCCAUCUCUCCUGCUGAGCUCGCCCAUCCUCGGAGCCUCAGUGUCUAGUCAGGCAGCCGCUGACCCAACGUGCUCCACGGAGCACCAUGUCCAACUCCUCCAGAAACAACUGCAGCAGCAGGAACAGCAGGCACUGGCAGCCUUGGCACAGGUGUAUGUGCUCCAGGAGCAGCUGUCUGUGGAGGCGUGUGCACGGGCCGAGGCUCAGGCUAGGGUGCAGAAGCUGCUGCAGCAGAACACGGACCUGUUGCAGCACAUUUCACUGCUGGUAAAACAAAUCCAGGAGCUGGAGCUCAGAUCUGCUGGCCAGUUAGUGUCUAUGGGAUCCCAGGACAGUCUUCUGGAAAUCACUUUCCGCGCCAAACCCCCCAGUGCAUUCCGAGAACCAUUCAUCCCAACAUCGUCAUCGGCUCCCUUGGCUGAUCAGCCACAAACCCAGAUGAGUAACAACACCUGGGUCUUCCCCCUUCCCCGCUCUCCUGGGACUACAGUCACUGAUGCCAGUCCUCUGGGGCUCAGCAGCAGUGCAGUACGUCUACAGUGUUUCCGGUUCUCCUCUCGGGGGCUAGAAAACCAGGGCCAAGACCCAGCCGAGACUCCUAGCGAUGGAGUACUGGAUGAGAGUUCAGUCCUGGGGGAGCAAGUUCUGGGAGCACUGGAAUUGCUUCGGUUCAGGGAAUCUGGAAUCGGAUCAGAGUACGAAUCAAACACAGAUGAGAGCGAUGACCGGGAAAGCCUGGGGCAGGUUGAGCCAGCGGGGCCAGAUGGUGGUGCUCGUCUCUUAAAUGUGCUGAAUUCAGAGAGUCUGCCAGACUGCUUAGGGGAUGAGAUGGCUGUGUAAUCAUGCUCUUCAAGCUGCACCAGGUAGUAUAUUUGAAGAAACCAUCUAAAGUCUGAAAGACUUAAAAUACCACAUCACAGUUGUA